GCAUAAUGGACGCUGAAAUGGAGGCCCCGUAGAACUGAAGGCGGGACCUACGCGCUUUUUACUUUAAUCUGAUUGGUUUAGGUGGUGGUGUCGCGAAAUAUCCCGGGUUUCUGCACAUUGUUUGGGGAUGUGUUGUGUGGACGAAAUUAAAGGCAAAUUAUUAAUUAUUCUGUAAUUUUAAUAUUGUACUCAACUCCUUAACUAUAAGGACUUGGGUACGUACGUAGUACUCUUCGUUGGCUUGCAGGUUGCCUUGGUACGACGGGAGCAAGGAAACAACACCUUUCCUCAGAACGACGAGAGUACCACAAGACUCCACAUCACAAGUAUCAAGAUGACUCUGCUGAAGUGGAUGUUGAAGCUCUAGAUAUAUACAACAUGUUCUUUGUAGUGGUGAGUUGCAUCCGUUCCACUGAUGUGCUGUGGAUGAAGUUCAAGUAUCUCCUGACUGAAGAUGCAACACAAUGACUCAUGGACAGAAUUCAAAAACUAUCUGACUGAAGGUUUUUGAGCAAGUCAAAGGAGCGCUUUGGACACAUCGAUCAGUGCACUCAAGAAGGAGAUGACCUUUCAAGUAUGAUGGAUUCUGUAGAAAUUCCCACAUCAGAAUUGAACUGUGUGAAUUCAGUGGCAAAUUCUGUGCAAGACACAAAUAAUGAAACAACGCAUGAUGGGGAAAACCAUGUUUGCUCUGUGAGAGAUCAGCCAAGGUGUAUUACACCAGAACAAAUGGCUUUUUCAAAAAUUGAUCCACCUGUGUUUGAUAAACCUUUGUACGGGACAGCACUAGAUCCUGCAUUGUUGACCGUGACUAGUCUUGAGGAUUACUCAGAUGUUAGCAGCUGUUCUGAAGCAGAUUUCGGCCGCAUUUUGAACAACUUGGAAAAAAACCCUGACCAGUCUUCUGAGUGUCAGAAUACAGGGAGUUCUAGGGAUGAAAAUGAUUUGGAGAAAAAUUGUCAUGCUGGAAGACAUAAUACAUGUGCAGCAAGUGACAAAAACACAGAAAAUCAAGAUUAUGUCUGUAGAGCAUCUCCUGAGACAGAGGAUGAAAGACGUAGUGGCAGUUUUGACAAUGUGAUAGAAGGUGAUAAUCAGGAAGAAAGGUCCUUCUUAAAUCUUGAAUAUCAGUGCUCCAGUCUUACCACAGAAAGUGAAAACGGAUGCCCUUUGAAAACCGAGGAACAAAUGAAAGGAGGAUUUCUUAUCCGGAACACAGACUGUGGUGUUGCUGAAAGAAGUAAGAAUUGCAAAGACACUACAACUACUCAGAUAAGUUCUGUGUGUGCCUUGGAUUUAAAUGGCACAAAGCGGAGUAUAGAAGGUAAUGAGAAGUAUGCAAUUAGCACUGGAAAUACAGGUGUACAAAAUGAUUGCCACUCAAAAGGGAUAAACAACACUUGUGAGAUCAAAAAUAAUACUCCAGAAUAUGAAUUAAAGUAUGAUGUUAAAAACACUGCUCAUGAUAAUGAGCCAGAGUACAACAGGACAAAGAGCAGUCAAGAGGUUGAACACAGCAGUUUUGAAUUCUUACAGUCAUGUUUUGGUUUGAGCAGUCUGGACCAGGCAAAAUUAGACCAAAAUGCUGCAAACUUUUCGUCGUCUGGAAGUAUGAUUCAUCAAUCCCAGAAUUGUGAGGUUAAUCAAACACUACCCCCAGUUCUUUUAAGUGCUACACUUGAAUGUGUACCCAGAGGUCAGAUAAAAGAGGCAGCAGAUGAUGGUCUGCAGGAACCCCCUAUACCAAGUACUUACAGUAGCACUUCUGUGUCUCAGGAACCUGGACAGCAAAAUGACUCUAGAGAAGACCAAAUCACCAGAAUUAAAAAGAGUGCUUCCUUGUUGUCAUCCAAGAAGUUAAUGAGAAAACUACAGCCUGUUGUCCUUGUGAAGACAACUAAGCGUAAUGUUAAAGAUGGAAACAUGUAUCUUUGUUCUGUAUGCCAGAAGAACACACAGAAUUUAGAUGAACUUAUUGAGCACCACCACUGCAAACACUCUAAGCAUACAUUUCAGUAUUGCCUCACCUGUGGAGCCUAUUUUUCUAAUGGAUCGUUGGCAGCACAACAUUUGUGUGAGCAAAUUGGGCCAAAAGAUAAGCAGCUGUCUGAUACAAUAUUGUCAACUACUAAGCAAUUGACCGAGAAGCUUAAUGCAAAAUACCUAUGUAAGUACUGCCAAAAACCAUUCGUUAAAAUGUCUUAUCAUCAAGAUCAUGAGCAAAGGCAUAGGAUUGUAACACAGCAUAGGUGUGAUUGUUGUGGCUUAUACUUUCCUCAUGCAAAAAAACUUAUUGCUCACAAACGAAAAGUCAAAUGCACUCCUUUGAUACUAGAACCCAAUGAACAGAGAAAAAAAUGUUCAGAAACAGACACAAAAAAUCCAGCUAAACCAAUGUUUACAUUUGGAGUUGAUGGUUGUCAGAUUGGGCUUCACGAUUGUUUUGUGAAACUUGUGGACAUAAACAAGAAGCCAUCUCCACAAAAAAUAAAUUGUCCUGUUUGUGGAAAACGGUUCAAACUCAGAGCACAACUGAAAGUACACCUUAGAUCGCACACAGGUGCAAAGCCUUUUAAGUGUAAUAAGUGUAAGAAGAUUUUUAAAUAUUCCUGGAAUCUUGACAAACAUAAAAAGGAGCUAUGUUCUGGAAACAUCACAAAGCAAUACACUUCUGAACCAUCUAUUACAGGUAGAUUUGCUUGCCCCACCUGUCCACAGAUUUUUAGGUACUCCUACAACCGAACCCGUCACAUGCGACAGCGGUGUUUGAAAGAAUAUAUGCAUAUAGGGAAAGGAAAAGUGGGAAACCGGUAUAAAUGCCCCUUAUGCAAUGAAACCUUUUCCCUUGCUUCUAAUCGGAAUAGACACAUUAAAAACACUUGCUUUCAGCAAUAUAAAUUACAGAGGAAGACAAACAAAAAGAAACUGGUCAAGGAAAAUAUCAAAGAAGAGAAAGAGGAAAAGCAAGUGCUGCCAACAGAGAAUUUGCCAUCUUAUAAAUGUAAAGUGUGCCCAGCUUCAUUUGCACAUAAAUCUGGAGUCUAUAGACACAUGAAGAAACACUCACUGCUUCAGUGUUCUACAGUACCAGUGGGCAAACAUGACAGCCCUACUGAUGUGAAAGGAUCAGACUCUAAUAAUGAGAGACCUCAAAGCCCAGAGUGUUCAAGCCAAAAGCCUUCUGACAUGGCCACUAGUCACCCAUUCCUUUGCAGUUUCUGUGAUAAAUGCUUCAGUUCAAGUGACUCAUUGAAGGAUCAUCUGCGGCUACAUGGGGGAAAGAAACCGUUCCACUGUUUGGAUUGUGGUAAAAACUUUGGAAGGCGUGGACACUUAAUAGCUCACAAAAAUGUUCACAAGCGAAGGAUACAGUGUUCUGUCUGCAAAAAAAUUGUGCCCACUAUUGGAGAUUUGUUGAAACACAGACAAUCCCACAUAAAAAAGGGUAUGCUUCAGUGCCCUGAUUGCCCAAUGCAAUUCAAGUUUCCUGUGUUCUUGCUUCGACAUGUUGCAAGCCAUGCAAAGAAAGAAGCCAUGCUGAAAUCAUCUCUGCCUGCUGAAACUCCAUCUAAAAAGUCUACAGAUGAAAAAGUUAAAGAAUUUAAGGAGUCCUUUCACUGUGGGAUAUGCCAAAAGUCAUUUGUUGAUUCCAAAACACUGAGUGAGCACUGUUUAACUCACCUUCCAAAACCUUCUGUUUCGAAAUGUCCAGUUUGUAAGCAUAAUUUCACAAGUCGAACUGCACUGAUUCGGCAUAUCCGUCUGCACACCGGUGAAAAACCUUUUCCCUGCAAGACUUGUGGAAUGCAUUUUCACCGGAAGGAACCCCUCCAAAUUCAUCAAGUGAAAUGCAAGGGAUUGCAAGAAAAACCUCUCUCUUCAUCAACCACAGCUCAAACACAAGAGAAAUGUGAAGUAAAAGCAGCAUCAAAGUCAGAAAAAGUUCCAAAAAAAUUUACUUGCUCAUACUGCCCACACAUAUUUACCAUGUCAGGUAAUUUGAAAAUGCACGAAAAAGCUCACUUGGCUAACAACCUUGUACCAUGUUUAAAAUGUGGGAAAUAUUACAAAAAGAAUAAGAUCUAUGGACAUCGGAAACGCUGCAAUGCCAAGGAAUCCACUUCUGUGACUUUCAAAAGUGAAAAAUCUGGAAAUGCACACAAGAGUGAAUGCAAAGAUAACAAUUUGGUUGUUACAAACAGAACAUGCAGAAUAUCAAAAGAAAUGGGGACAAAUAUCAAGGACAGUCUUAAGGAGCAAUGCCCACAUUGUUCCAAACGUUUCCAGUACAGAUCUUACUUACUAAGACAUCUUCAAUCUCACUUGGGAAAAAAACAGUUUGCAUGUAAGCAUUGUGGUCAGAAAUAUGGCAAUCAGAACUCCUGUCAACAGCAUGAGGUUUUAUGUGAUGGUGUGUUGAGGCAACAUGAAGCAAAACAACUGAAUGAAUCUGAAGAAACCAGAGUCAUGCCAGAUAGUGCAGCCAGUCUAAAGGAAUGCACAGUAAUCAUAGGAGAAAAUGGUGAGCAGUUGAAGUGCAAUUUUUGCACAAAAACCUUUACAAAACCUAGAUAUCUCAGACGGCACAUUCUUACCCACACAGAAGUCAAGCCAUAUCGUUGUAAAACAUGUGAAAAUUGUUUUUCUCGAUAUGAUCAUCUGAAACAUCACCAGACACGAUGCAGAGGCAAAAAGCAACAACUUGAGGUGCAUCCUGAACAGAUUACUCUUGACCAUGUUGGCUCUCAAGCCAAGAGACAGCCGCAAAGUGAUGUGUUUGAAUGCAGUACUUGUUCAAAGAAGUUUUCUACAAACAGCAACUUAACAAGACACAUUUCCAUGCUACAUUCUACUUUCAAACCAUUUUCCUGUAAAAGAUGUGGUACUGGUUUUACCUCUAAGGACAGUCUGAGGAGACACAACGUCAGGGUGAACUGCAAGAUGUCCUCAGCAGAGUGCCUAGAACCAGUGCAGAUGCCAACCAAGUCAAAUACUUCAGUGCAGUCUUGCAGAGAAACAUCCAAACUCAUGCAACGUAUAGAGGGGCACUACUCCAAUAAAUGGAAGUUCCAAUGUGAAUACUGCCCUCGACGCUUUAAAACCCAAACACAAUUAAAAUUGCAUACUCGCCUUCAUACAGGGGAAAAGCCAUUUGGAUGUGCCUGUUGUGAUGAGCGUUUCAUCAGAAGAGACUAUUUAAAACGGCACUUGACUAAAUGCAGUGGGAAAAGAGAAGGUCCUAAAGUGCUUUGUGACAGAUGUGGCGGAUUGUUUACUCAGGAAGCUCUUGAGAUACAUCAGAACAACUGUAUCAUCACCUUAAAGUCCACUGACUGCCCUGUAAGUGUAAGCAGUAUUUCCAGCCCUUCAAAGGUCAAGGCAUUUUCCUGUGUCAACUGUAAUGACCGCUUUUUGUUGUUCUCCCAGCUUCAGCAGCAUAUUUUAACAAAACAUAGAUCUGAUGGACUACAGCAGUCAGGUAUCCUUGAGUAUGAGCAGUUAUCAAGUAAUUUGCACAUUAAGGAGGAACCAGUAGAUGACAAUUAUUCUGAGAACUUGCCGAACAGCUGUCAAAUCUAUGAUAAUAAUGGGCAUGAAAAUACUGAUGGUGAAAGAGAGAAACCAUUUGAGUGUGAGCAGUGCAACCUGAGGUUUAUAACCAACAGUGGGCUUGGUAUGCAUAUGCGCACUCAUACAACAAUAUAUCCUCUUUCUUGCCAAAAAUGCAACAAGGGAUUUUGGAGCAAGAAUGUACAACAGAAGCACAUGAGAAAAUGUAAGGAUUUGGAAGUCACAAAGAAAGAACCUAACACAAAAGAUCUGAUUUCAUCAGAAUUAGAGUGUACUCCUAAUGAUAAAGUCCUAGUCUUUAAUAAAGGCUCCAACACAACAGGAACUGGGGUACUCCAGACAAAGUUUUCAUGUAAAGACCAGGAUAAAGGAAGUCUGGACAAAGGAGAAAAUGCAGUUGUUCACAAAUAUCAGUGCUCUGAAUGUGAGCAAAGUUUUACAGAUGGUCUCAUGCUUAUAAGUCAUCUUGAGGCUCAUGGCCGUGAAGACCAGGAGCGUAGAUUAGGCAAAAGCCACCGCUGUCACAUUUGUGGUAAGACCUUUGAUCAAGCAGGUGUGCUGCAAAGACAUGUGAAGACCCAGCAUCAGGAAACAGUUAAGAAUACCUGCCCUGACUGCUUUAGAAGCUUUCGCUAUCCCUCUGAUUUGGACAUACACAGAUCUUGUCAUGACCCUAAUCGGCCAUUUGUUUGUAACACAUGUGAGUUGAGGUUUUGGACUUCUAAAUCCUUGAGUACUCAUCAAAGGCUGUCUCACUCAGCUAGUGAACCACUCAAAACAAUUGAGCCUACUCUGAAAACUGAUAGGGUAUCUCCUAAAGUAUUUACUUGCCAUCCCUGUAAUAAAAUUUACACUGUCAAAAGAUCAUAUAUGAAGCACUGCAGGGUUAAACAUAAAGGGAGUUCAAAAAGCCUUGAUAGCCUUAAAAGUGCUACCACUGAACAUCAGUUGAGCAACAAUGAAUCAGAUGGUAGUGAUGCAGAUGAUAAAGAUGUUAGUGAUGAUGACUCUGACUCUGCCCCUUAUUUUCCUUGUCAUGUCUGUGGUAAAACAUUCCUGACAUCAGAAAGUCUUGAGGAUCAUCAGAGAUGCCAUCUUGGUGAAAAGCCCUAUGAAUGUGAAGAAUGUGGCAAAUGCUUUGUUCAGCUUGUAAAUUUGCAGCAGCAUCAACGGAGUCACAAAUCUGAGUUUCAGUGUCAAAUGUGUGGUAAAGGUUUUGUUUCACUCUUUGCAUUGCGCAAACAUAAGCACACUCAUGUUAGAAAACGUCCCCAUCGAUGCACAAAAUGUCAUUUGAGUUUCACACGGUCUUCACAGCUGACAGAACAUAUGAUCACUCAUCGUGAUGAAAAUUUUCCCUGUGAUCUUUGCCAUGAAAAUUUUUCCUGCAAAUCAAGCCGAGCAGAACACCGGAAAAUCCACACAGAGGCAGAGGAAGAACUCCCUCCUUUAAUUCCACCCGCAAAGCAGACUUCAUCUCCACCAGCAUCUAUGAGCCCUUCAUUAAGUACUGUUCAGCAAUACAGAUAUCGCUGUGAAAUUUGUCAAGUGCGAUUUCUAGAUCCUGAGCAGCUCUCGGAGCAUGGCUGUAAUCCAGCAAAAGAGCGCCCAUACUGGUGUAAAGACUGUAACAAGCAUUUCUUGCAUGGUUCUCACCUUAAAAAACAUCAGCUCACUCAUCAGUUAUCUGGAACACGGUCCUUUCAGUGUAAUAGUUGUCACAUGAGCUUUAGCCACCGUCAUCACUUCCUGACCCAUUUGCAAACACAUGGUGGUGAAGAAUCUUCCAAAUCUCAAAUUGAUGAUGAAGUGAAGAUAUCAAACACUGAUGAUUCAAAUCAGGACAAAAUUUACAGAUGUCCAAUUUGUCCUGAGAGUUUCUCUCAAGUGUUAGAGCUGGCAAAUCACCUUUCUGUUCAUGCAAACAUGUGCAAUGUUUGUAAUAAGACAUUCUCAACUAAGCAACAACUUGAGAAACAUGAACAGUGCCAUUUGUCUGCAGCUACACAGUAUGAGUGCACAGAAUGUGGCAGGAGUUUUCUUGGAAGUGAUGCCUUUCGCCAACAUUAUUGUGUUCACCAAAAACAUCUUUCAUGUUCAUCCUUGUCAACCACUGAUAAAAAGAGAUGUUUAGAAAAUUCUUCUGAAGUACUCACUAAUAAUGAGGAGGAGGAAGAGGUUGAUGUUGGUGAAGACUUUUAUAAUUGCUCUACCUGUAACAAACGAUUUCCUUCUAACAUCAGUUUACAGGAGCACCAAAAGUUGCAUGAAUUUGACCGUCCUUUCAAGUGUCUGGUUUGUGGAAAAGGCUUCGCCAAAAAGAAGUAUCUUACACAGCAUCAGCAAAUACACAAUGAGCGGCCCUAUCAGUGUGAUUUGUGCUCCAAUUCCUUCAAAACGGAACAAUCACUUUUGUCCCACCGUAAAACCCAUGAUGCACAUCGUAAAUACCACUGCUCAGUUUGUGACAAAUCAUAUAGAACGCCAUAUGAUCUUUCAAGGCAUGAACAGAAACAUCCUGAAUUACAAACCUUUAGUGAAGUAAGUGGUGACCACAGAUGUGAUAUGUGCUAUAAAUCUUUCAGUCUGCUUUCUCAACUGAGACAGCACCAGGAAACACAUGUUGGACAAGUUGUAUAUGAGUGCACUGAGUGCGACAAAGCGUUUGCUUUUCCACAUCUUUUAGAAGAACAUCAGCAAACUCAUGGGACUUCAACAGAUUCUUUCCAAUCCCAGUCACCAUCUGACAUUCUCUUUCAAAGCCCAGUUGUUGAGUAGAGUGUACUGUAGGGUAUUUCCUGCAAUGCAGGUGAUUUAGUCAUUCAAUUUUCUGAACACGUUAAAAUUGUAUAGUUUCUUGACUCAUGUUGUGGGUUCACGCUUUUCCAUGUUAAGUCAUAUGCUUGUUUUCCUAGGUUUCUCAUCAGUACUCUCUGAUAUGUACAUACGCAAGCGGAUUAUUGUUUUUACUACUGCAAUUCAGAGAACUACUUACCGAAUUUCUAGUGUUUAUAGAAAACUCCAGAUAAAUGUAAAUUAUUAUUGUUGUAAAAUUAAGAAAUGGAUGUGGGGUAAAAUUUGCAUGCUAGGAAUAACUACAGGAAAUGCUGUGUAAAUAUUACAUCGCCACCAAAUAUUAUAUUAAUGGGGUUUAUGCAGCAGAAUUAAAUAUCCAUCCAUAAACUGUUUACCUUUUUUUUUUUUUGGUAGUUAUUCGAGUCUUUUUUUUAUUAGACGUUUUCUGUUAACUUUUGUAAUUUGCAGACCUAAGUUGUUUUGAAUUCAUUUUAUUUUAUAGUACUUUUAUGUCAUGUCCUGAUAACUGGUUUUACAGACAUCUAUUGCCCAUGUAACAAACUUAGUCGACAUGAAAUUGAUAGGAUUGUUAGAGUUGUGUAUAUGCCUUUGUAUGUUAAGGUGUGAUUCUUGGUAUCUACUGUUUUCUUAGUAAUAUUUUAUUCUGUUUUGUUGAUAAUGAUUACUCUUACUUUUGUUUGCUUAAUGGGUGGUUAAGAGCACCUACCAAGCACUUCAUGACUUGAUGUAGUUACUCAACAUGGCAAGUGACUACAUUUGUUUGUGUAUAUAUCUAUGUAUUCAUAUGUAACUUUUUUUUUUUUUAACAAUUUUUUAGACAGUUAUGGUGUAUUCAAUUUUCAGACUUGGACAAUAAAGCCAUUUGAAUAUA